AUGGACGCUACCUGGAAGCCCGAUCGCGACGACAUCAUAUCGGCGACCGCAAAAGACCUUCUGGAGCGCAGUCAAAGGCCAUUUUACGAGAACCUUCGAGGCUUUCGGUUUUCCCCCAAGGAUGUACCCGACGACGUCUUCGUUUGGGUCAAGCACAGCUUAGGGGGCGAGCCUCUGAGGUGCGAAGCAAACACUCAGUACUUUGUACACAGCGAGAUAUCCAAGAUGGACGACGCCACAAGGCGAAUGUACCGCGCGCCAAAGGUCUUUGACUUUUUCGAGGCAGAAAUCGACGAACUGCCAUACGGAAUACUCGUCAUGGAGUCUGUUACAGGCGUACCGGUUAGCGGGGUCAUGAGGGACAUUCGCAGGCAGAAUACUGAGCAAAGGGAGCGAGGGAUUGGCCUCGUGGAAGGCUCGGCAUCUGACGACAGCCUGCAGCAGCACCAGGAACAAGAGCACCAGCAAGAGCGUCACAACAAGAUGGCAUCCGAGACCCAACAAAGAGGUCAGGAAACGACUGAAAACCCGCUGGCCCAGCCACACAACAAGGAAGACGAACAGAAGCGCAUCCUGGACGGAGAACUUUUACCGCUCAAGAACCGAGUUGCGGAUGCCAUCUGCUUCCUGUUGUCACUUCCCAAGCCGCCAGAUACCCGCCCCGGACUCGUCAGCGGUACAUUCCCAGAUCUGCCGCCGCUCAGAUUCGUGCACGAGGGUUUGAGGCUUUGCUACUGCGACCUCAACUUUGACAACUUGUUGUUGGAAGACGCCGAGGACCCAUCAGGAAGUAUCAUCAUCAUCGACUUUGAGCACGCCAGCUGGCCGCCGUAUAGUUUCUUGAUCUGGGAGGCGUGGGACAAGCGAGAGUUUGCCAUGGAAGAGCGCAUACGGUCCCGUUUCGGCCUAGAACUCAGCAGAGAGAAUGUUUAUGCUCUCUUCGCGCUUCUUCGCCAGCGAGAAUGGGAUUCUGCCAUUACGAUUUCUCCUAGUCCUUCUUGGGCCGCCGUCUAG